AUGUGGUGGAGAGCAGCUCUAUACCGGGUGAGACGGCGGACCAGGGCCCUGAGAGCACACCUGAGGUCAGACCUGAAGCAAAUCACAGUAGAGGAGGGCUUUGAUCUUCAGGACCCUGCUCCUCACCCUGAGUUCCCUCCCACUCUAGACCACCAGGAUGUCCACAACGGUCCAGUCUGUCGGGCAGCAGGGGAUUCUGUGUGUCCUCUGACAGGACAGCUGGACAGUACAGCUGUGGACAAGAGUCCUAAGGACAUUUUGAUCCGAUAUCAUAUUGGCAAGAAGAUGGGACAAGGAGGAUUCGGAGCUGUCUAUGAAGGGGUUCACUGUAAGGAUGGCUUGAAGCCUGAUCAUCCCGAACCCCUUCCCAUAGAAGUGGCUCUGACCAUCAUGGCCAACAAGGGCCCCAGCUGCACCAAUAUAAUUCAGCUGCUUGAUUGGGAGGAGCAGGCUGAAUUUUACAUCAUGGUGCUGGAGCGUCCCUCACCCUGUGAGGAUUUGUUCGACUUUGUGCAGCGCCAUGGCGGCAGACUGCAUGAAGGGCUAGCACGGUCUGUCAUGAGGCAGGCCGUGCUAGCUACUGAUAUAUGUUGUUACUGUGGAGUGCUGCACCGGGACAUCAAGCUUGAAAACCUCCUUAUCAACAGCGACACCCUGGACGUGAAGCUGAUCGACUUUGGGUGCAGGGACCUUCUUAGGAAGAGUGCCUACAUGACAUUCAUUGGCACACAACAAUACUGCCCUCCUGAAUAUACAGCAAUGGGCAAGUACAAUGGCAAGCCAGCGACCGUCUGGUUAUUGGGAAUGCUCCUCUUCCUAAUGGUCUGUGGGUAUUAUCCUCAUGGCACUGACCUGCACAUGAUGGAGGCCAAGUGUUGGUCAAAGGCUGGCUUGUCAAGAGAAUACAGCCAUUUGAUUCAGGCUCUUCUGCAAAGAGAGCCAAAGCAUCGGAUGGGUCUGGAGAAGAUACUUCUCCAUGACUGGUUUAAGGUCACAGCAUAAGUCAUGGCGAAACUGAGAAAGAGUUCCUUGUCAAGGCUGCCCCCUCUUUUCUCUUUAUG